ACUAUAAAUUCAAAGCUGUACACUCGUGCGUUGUUGAGAACUGUCAAUAUCACUGAGACAACAUUCACAAGACUACUAACAAGACUUUUGGAGCCUUCGCUAAUCUAUUUACGCACCAUAUUUUCAUUAUCCUUGGAAACUACAACAUCAGCCAAUAUGAAGGUUGUCGGACCUACCUGCGCACUGAAGAGCAAGGUUGGAGGCAAGGACAUGGUGAGGUGCCUAUCCGACCAGAGCCUUUCCAUCUCCAAAUGUAAGAUCCCGCUGCUGGACGAGCAGAUGACCGUGUUUCUGCAGGACAUGAACAGCUGUUAUAGCAAGCUGAAGGAGCUGGUCCCCACUCUGCCUACCAACAAGAAGGCCAGCAAGGUGGAGAUCCUCCAACACGUCAUUGACUACAUAUGGGACCUGCAGGUUGAACUGGACGAGCCGGAAAAGAACCGUCAGCAGAGCAGCGUGCCCCGCACACCUCUGACAACCCUGAACGCAGAGCUGGUCAGCAUCACUGUCGAGAAUGGAUUCUCGGAUGACAGAAUCAUGUGCCGCUAGACCUCUCGGAGUAUUGCCCCAUCAUUCCAGAGCGACCACCACGAUGAAUGAACAAGGAUACAUUAUGUGACAUUUUAUCACUACCAAACCUUGAGCCAAGUAGGAAAGUUGCAAACUCCCAUGCUAGAAAAUACUUUCGAUGGACAUUCUAAAGAAGCGAGGAACUGUCACUCAAGGCAUUCGAUCCAUUUCGAGAUCUCAUAGAGACGAUUGGGUCCGAAUAGACUGUGUUAGCCAGGGGACCACUGUGUUAGCCAGGGGACCACUGUGUUAGCCAGGGGACCACUGUGUUAGCCAGGGGACCACUGUGUUAGCCAGGGGACCAUGGCAGUUACUGCAAACAGCUUUGCCUGUUGUGUAGUUGCUCAAGAAGUUUUGUGAAACAUGUAGAAAUUCAACAUUUUAUAAAGAAAAGUUCAUUUUCUCAGAUUCCUGAGCGACAAACUGUAUUGUAUAUUACAAUGUCACACUAUGAAAAAAUGUUUAUUUUUGUAUACGAUGUACCUUAAAUGGUGUUUUUAUUAAAACAAAACUAUUUUUAAACAUG